UUUCAAGCUGACAAAAUGAAAUAAAAACAUUUAGUGCAAUACACCCCACAAAACUUCACAAAUACGUAAGCGUAAUAUACUUGUUAAAGGUAAUGUAUGUUUUAGUUGUGUUAAAUAAAUGCAAAACAAAUUGUUUUCAUCUAGAAAUAACCUUAUUGUGAAUUUGACUAGAAAUAUAAAGAAAUACAACACGUUUUAAGAAAAUGGCAGGGUAUAUUGUGCCCGUGGAAUUAUUCUGUCUGCCCUUAUUUUGGAAGUUUGUGCUUGCUUACUUCAGGUCAUUAAGAAAUUUGACAUUAUUCCAAACAAUCUAGAUGCAACCCUAUGGCUAUACAACAAUAGUCGUAAAGAUUUUGUUAUAUUUUAGGAUAGGCUGUGGAGAAAGAACAGACAACCACCGCCAUCUGGUUCUUGCAUUGGUGUAGAUUUAAACAGAAAUUUUGGAUUUAAUUGGAAUCCAGCGAUUGGUGGAAGUACUUAUCCAUGUUCGGAAGUGUAUGCAGGCACCAAAGCAUUAACUGCACCGGAAACAGCAGCUGUUAGAAAACUCAUGCGUGAUAUUCAUUGCCACACAAUUGCAUACCUCGACAUACACGCUUAUGGACAAAUGUGGUUAUGGCCAUGGGGAUAUACGGCUGAUGUUUUGCCAUCUGAACUCGAAGACUUGAAACACUAUGCAAAAGUAGGAGCAAAUGCAAUCAGCAAGAAAUAUAAUACUAAAUUCAUUAUUGGUGGAGAUGCUACAGAUUUAUAUCCAGCUUCUGGAGGUGCAGACGACUAUGCAAAAGGCGUGGCUGGUAUACAGUAUUCCUAUACUGUAGAAUUGAGAGACGAAGGCAAUUACGGAUUUGAACUUCCUGUCAAUCAAAUAGUGCCCACUGGAGAAGAGAUGUUAGAAGGCAUACUGGCAUUUGCUAAGGAAUUAUUUGUCCGAGAGAGCCUAUAA